UCGCGCAGAGCCAGUCCUUCCCGUGGCGACUGGCGAGUGUCGUGCUGUGGUCGUCUCGUCAUCCGUGCCGCGAUACCGAUACCCAAGUGACAAUGAUGAUUCAUCCCCCGUCCGACUUUCCCUUCUGAUAUCCGGACAGUGCAGCACAGUCGCCUAAUCUCCCUACACCCGCCCCUGCACCACCGUUCCAACAAUGUCAUCAGUGAAAGUGGCUGUGAGGGUUCGCCCCUUCAACAACAGGGAGAUCUCCCGCGAGAGCAAAUGUAUCAUCGAAAUGUCUGGAUACACAACCACUAUAGCCAACCCCAAGGCUCCACCAGGAACCAAGGAUGCCAUCAAGAGCUUCAACUAUGAUUACUCAUACUGGUCCCACGAUCCAACUGAUGCUAACUUCUCUUCACAAAUCAUGGUUUACAAAGACAUUGGAGAAGAAAUGCUGGAACACUCUUUUGAAGGUUACAAUGUUUGCAUAUUUGCAUAUGGACAGACAGGUGCAGGAAAAUCAUAUACUAUGAUGGGAAGGCAAGAGGAAGAAGGACAGGAAGGAAUCAUACCCCAAAUUUGUAAAGAUUUGUUUAAAAGAAUACAGAAAACAACGUCAGACGAAUUAAAAUAUUCUGUAGAGGUCAGUUAUAUGGAAAUAUACUGUGAACGGGUGAGAGAUUUGCUAAAUCCAAAGAACAAAGGGAACUUACGAGUGAGAGAACACCCACUUCUUGGUCCUUAUGUUGAGGACCUUUCUAAAUUAGCUGUUACUUCGUACGAAGAUAUCCAUGACCUCAUUGAUGAAGGAAACAAGGCCAGAACAGUAGCAGCCACCAACAUGAAUGAAACAUCAAGUAGAUCACAUGCAGUUUUCACGAUAUUCUUCACACAGCAGCGGUUCGACAAGCUAACAGAACUUUCAACAGAGAAGGUGAGCAAGAUCUCGCUAGUCGAUCUUGCGGGCUCGGAGCGGGCCGACUCUACAGGAGCCAAGGGUACCCGGCUGAAGGAAGGGGCAAAUAUCAACAAGAGUCUCACUACUUUAGGGAAAGUCAUAUCGGCUUUAGCAGAAAUUUCUGCAAUGAAAAAUAAAAAGAAAAAGGAAAACUUCAUCCCCUACCGAGAUUCCGUGUUGACUUGGCUGUUGCGGGAGAAUCUGGGAGGGAACUCCAAGACCGCCAUGAUAGCUGCUAUCAGUCCUGCAGAUAUCAACUACGACGAGACCCUCUCCACUCUGAGGUAUGCUGAUCGUGCCAAACAAAUAGUAUGCAAGGCUAUUGUGAAUGAGGAUGCAAAUGCCAAAUUGAUCCGAGAGCUGAAAGAAGAGAUCCAGAGGCUAAGAGAUCUUCUGAAAGCAGAAGGAAUUGAAGUACAAGAAGGGCCGGAUGGUAAAGUCGUGUAUGAAAAGUCUAAAGAGAAUAAUAGAGAGGAAGGUCUGAAGGUACUGAAGAGUGACAAUGGAGUGUGCCAGCAGACAGUACAAGGUUCUACUAUUGCUGAGGAGGCCGUGGACCAGCUACAAGCCAGCGAGAAACUCAUUGCAGAACUUAAUGAAACAUGGGAAGAGAAACUAAAACGUACAGAGGUAAUACGCAUUCAAAGAGAAGCUGUAUUUGCUGAAAUGGGAGUGGCAGUGAAAGAAGACGGCAUAACUGUUGGUGUCUUUUCUCCUAAAAAGACACCGCACCUUGUGAAUCUGAACGAGGACCCGUCAAUGUCAGAGUGUCUGCUAUACUACAUCAAGGAUGGACUGACCCGUGUAGGAUCUGGAUCUUCCAACGUAACCCAGGACAUUCAGCUGAUUGGCAGUCACAUCCAGGCCGAACACUGUGUAUUCGAGAACAAGGAAGGUGUGGUGACACUGCAACCCAUCGAAGGAGCUUUUAGCUACGUCAAUGGUCGACAAGUUCUGGAGCCUGUUGUGCUCAAACAUGGCUCUCGUGUAAUUCUAGGCAGGAACCAUGUCUUCCGGUUUAACCAUCCUGACCAAGCUCGUGAAAGGAGGGAGAAUAAAAUCAAUGAGAUCAAUGCACCUGAAAUCAAAGAUGAAAAAAUCAAAGAAAAAUCACCUGCCGAGACCCCUAACAAUGGAGAAACAGUGGACUGGAAUUUUGCUCAGAUAGAGCUACUAGAGAAACAGGGUGUGGACCUCAAGCAAGAGAUGAAGCAACGAUUAGUUGCUCUGGAGGAGCAGUUCCGCAAGGAGAAAGAGACUGCGGACCAGGCUUUUGAAGAACAGAGAAAGAACUAUGAGGCUAGGAUCGAUGCAUUACAAAAACAAGUUGAGGAACAGAGUAUGACCAUGUCUAUGUACAGUUCUUACACACCAGAGGACUUCAACAAUGAAGAAGAUAUUUUUGUGAACCCAUUGUUUGAGGCUGCAUGUAACUGGAGUGAAAGAGAGUACCAGCUAGCGUCCUGGGCCUACCGCAAGUGGAAGUACCAUCAGUUCACUUCCCUCAGAGACGAUCUAUGGGGAAAUGCUAUAUUCCUGAAAGAGGCUAAUGCUAUUUCUGUGGAACUCAAGAAAAAGGUGCAAUUUCAGUUUACACUUUUGACUGACACUCUGUACUCCCCUCUGCCUGCUGAUAUGAUCCCUGUGAUCGAAGAUGAGGCUGAAGAUGAAGAAAGGCCGUUUCCAAGAACGAUUGUUGCCGUGGAAGUCCUGGACACAAAGAACGGAGCCACCCAUUACUGGACCCUGGAGAAACUUAGACAUCGGUUGGAACUGAUGCGGCAAAUUUACAAUGAGGACAUUGAAAGCCCUGCUACACCUGAACAACUUAUCAAGGAGGACUUUUUCCAAUGCCUAACAAUCUGUGCCAAUCAGAAGUCUGCCCUAACCAAUCUUUUACCCUCGAGGCAGCGGCUGGAGUUGAUGAGGGAGAUGUAUCUCAAUGAGGCUGAACUGUCGCCUACAAGUCCUGACUACAACAUUGAAUCCCUCACAGGAGGAGACCCAUUCUAUGACCGCUUCCCCUGGUUCCGCAUGGUUGGCAGGUCUUUUGUAUAUCUGAGCAACUUGAUGUAUCCGGUACCUCUGAUCCACAAGGUGGCUAUUGUCAAUGAGAAAGGAGAUGUUAAAGGUUACCUUCGUAUUGCUGUGCAGGCUGUCAAUGAUGAAGAGAGUGGAGACCACAUCAGUGGAGUGCGACAAUCUGCUAAGAUAACAUUUGACGACGACUACUUAUAUGGCCACAACAGAGGAUCGACCAAGAAGUCAGGCAUCCAUCUAGAGGACCGAGUCGUGGAGGGACAGCACUGCAACCAACACGACAAAAUUGAAGACUUGGAAUGUGACACAGACAGUGGCCGUGGAGACAGUUCUGUGUCAUCUGAAGUGAAGGAAGAGGAAUUGCCGCAACACUUGACGGUCAACAAUGAAUUCACCUUCAGAGUUACGGUGCUGCAAGCCAUUGGUGUGUCUACGGAAUAUGCGGACAUCUUCUGUCAGUUCAAUUUCCUGCACAGACAUGACGAAGCUUUCUCUACAGAACCAGUGAAGAAUACUGGGAAGGGAACACCUCUAGGCUUUUACCAUGUUCAGAAUAUCACAGUGUCGGUAACAAAGUCCUUCGUGGAGUAUAUCAAGACAAAACCGAUAGUAUUUGAAGUGUUCGGCCACUACCAACAACACCCCCUUCAUCGGGAUGCCAAGCAGGAAGGACAUCAGUAUGUACGCCAGCCACCCAAGAGGAUGCUACCCCCCUCCAUCCCUAUCAGCCAGCCCGUCAGGUCACCCAAGUUUGGAGUGCUGCCAUCACCUUGCACGUCGCACGUCCAUGCCAAAUAUGAUGUCCUUGUUUGGUUUGAGAUCUGUGAAUUGGCCCCCAACGGAGAGUAUGUUCCUGCGGUAGUUGACCACAGUGACGAUUUGCCCUGCCGAGGACUGUUCUUACUCCAUCAGGGAAUCCAGCGGAGGAUUCGUAUCACAAUUGUUCAUGAACACGCUUCCGAGCUACGUUGGAAGGAUGUUCGAGAACUUGUUGUUGGUCGUAUUCGGAACACACCUGAGCCCGAGGAGGAGGACAAUGACAGCUCAGUAUUAUCACUGGGACUGUUCCCUGGGGAGAUGGUGGAAGUGGCAGGAGAUGACCGCUGUAUGUUCCGCUUUGAGGCUGCUUGGGACAGCUCUCUGCACAAUUCUCCACUACUAAACCGAGUCUCUGCAUAUGGCGAGCAGAUCUUCAUGACCAUCUCUGCCUACAUGGAGUUGGAGAACUGCGGUCGACCAGCAAUUGUCACCAAGGACCUGAGUAUGAUCAUCUAUGGGCGAGAUGCUCGUGUCGGGCCAAGGUCGCUCAAACAUCUGUUCUCCGGAAACUACCGCAAUGCUGAAGCCAACCGACUGUCUGGAGUGUAUGAGUUGGUGUUGAAGCGGGCCUCCGAAGCAGGUAGUCCAGGUGUGCAGCGUAGACAGAGACGGGUGUUGGACACCAGCUCGACAUACGUCAGGGGAGAGGAGAACCUGCAUGGCUGGCGGCCCCGAGGGGAUAGUCUCAUCUUCGACCACCAGUGGGAGCUGGAGAAACUGACUAGACUGCAGGAGGUGGAACGAGUGCGGCACAUGCUGUUGUUGCGGGAGCGGCUGGGCAUCGACAAGGCUCCAAUUACUAAAUCUGAGAAGGAGGUGUGCAACAUGGUGGCAAAGGCGAGCACGGAAAGCCGAGGUAGCCCAAUCAAGAUCAGGAGAGGCAGUGUCAGGAAAGAUUCAGAGGAUGUGUAUGCUCCAUGGGAGAUGACGGAGAGAGAGAGGGAUCUGACUUCUAAAUGUGUCAAACUGAUACAGGGCAGGAUUCCUAGCAAGGAGUUGGUGAAGCAUGGUGACGUCUCUCCUGGGGAGGACAUAAUGGAUAUGAACACCAGCGUCAUCUCCAGCAUUACCUCCCCCACCACCCACGAUGCUCUGUCCAGGCUUAUUUCACCAGAGCGUGUGACUCGGCCUGCCCUGCCUGAACAUCUGCACCUUCUGUCUGAGAGCGGAUUACAGACACCCAACGCUACCUCCACUUCGCCCGAUCAGACCCUCAUCCUGUAUGUGCCGGAGGUGGAGGAAAUCCGCAUCAGCCCUGUCGUUGCUCGCAAAGGCUACCUGAAUGUUUUGGAACAGAAGACGAAUGGGUGGAAGAAACGAUGGGUGACUGUCCGAAGGCCGUAUGUAUUUAUUUUCCGAGAAGAGAAGGAUCCUGUGGAGCGAGCUCUUAUCAAUUUGGCAACGGCUCAGGUGGAGUACUCGGAGGACCAACAAGCCAUGGUUAAAGUUCCCAAUACUUUCAGUGUUGUGACCAAACACAGAGGUUACCUCAUGCAGACUUUGGGUGACAAGGAGGUGCAUGACUGGCUGUAUGCUAUCAACCCGCUCCUGGCUGGCCAAAUCAGAUCCAAGCUAGCUCGACGACCAGUGCUCUCGACCGCCCCUAACACUUCCACUCCUGAACUUGCCAAGUGAUUACGUUCUCUCAUCCAACACUACAUAGUUGCUCUCUAGAGCUUGCCGAGUUGUAUUUUGCAAGCAUUUGAAUGUUAUGCACAGUAUUAAUUUUAUGAAUGUUACUUUAUGUUUGCUAUGUUAGCAAUGUAUAUUAAAGAUGAGGAUCAAUUCCUAGGUUGUGAACUAGCUUGAGCUUUUGCGAACCGGGCAUGUAUAUUUCUGUGUAUUACCUUGCAGUCUGUUUUGUUAUAACGUUAAUGUAACGUAAACAUAGAAUAAGUUAUUUAUUACUCAAACACAAAGAAUUAUUUUUGAAAUAGUCCUCCUCAGAUGAGGCAAAAUCAAACUUGGCCACAACCCGAUCUGUGGUCGUUUCGUGUUGAGUGUCUCCUCCGCCUAUAACUGUCUAGUAUAUUUACUCAAUAACAUUGUUGAUAUUAUAUAUCACACUUCAUUGUUUAUGUUUUCUUAUCGUGUAGUCAAUACUCUAAAUUGUUAACACCAACAGAUCUUCUGUUCUCAGCCUGUCUCAACUACUUUAACAUCCGCUAUAAAUAGUUGUGAAUAACUGUCAGUCAGUCAAUGUUCAACCUCCUCUUUUUUUAUUACCUAUAGUAAAAAAAUUACAAAUAUUUCCUAUUUCAUAUGCUAUGUUUAGCAAACAUUUUAUAAAAAAUCUAUUUUGUAACAUUUUGGAUCAAAAAGGAAGAAUAUUUUUGUUCUAUAUGCUUAAAAUGUAUUGGAUCUCUUUUUUUUAUUAGUUGCGUUGUAUAAUUUUGGGUCAGAGUAAAACCACUUGUAGAAAUUUAAUUAGGUAUUUUAGUUUAGCUACACCUUUACAUUCCAGUUUAAAUUUUUGUUUUAAAAGAACUGUAAAUGUUUAUUGUGUUUUGUAUUUUUUUAUUUAAAUGUUCUUAUUUUAUUGUUAUAUUUAAUUUUUAUACCAUUAUUAUAUUUAAAGAAACUUAAAACGUAAUUGUUGAGUGGAAAGCUGUUUUAAAACUCUCAUAAAUGUGCAAUAUAACUAUAUACAUGUGUUCUUACCUUUGCCCUCUUAGUAAGAUUAUGUUCAUGUUUGAGAAAUUUUUAAUGUAGCUUUAGAUGUUAAGGUUAACAAAAAAUAUUAAUGUAAUGGCAUACUAUUUAUCUACGCAGUGAGCUCAGUCUACCAGCUUAAAAAUCCACUCCCACACUAUAACCACAGCUCUGAACCAUGUUAGAAAAUGUUGCUGCAAUAACUUAUACGAGUAUUUGAUACAAACAAUCUCAGUUUCAGAGCCAAUCUUUGUUACAAAUAGUUUAAAACUUCAUGCCGAGAUGUAACAUUAGUGGAGUUUGGUUACCAGUCUUUCUUGAGAAUUUGCUAUUUCAGCUAAUUCUCAAAUCAAAGAUGUGCAAGUGAACGAGAUUACGUUACAGUGCAAAAACAGGAGUACCAACUAUUGAGCAGUUGAGUAUCUAGCUCUUGAAUAAUUCAAUAUCAAUAUUAAGACAGAGUUAAUUGUUUUGAGUUACUUCAGUUUUUAAAUAUAAAGGGCACAUUUUUGGGUGUGCCCAUUCUUAGGACAUCUAAUGUUUGUCAUAUACUUAAUCAUAGCAACAUAACAGCUGUAUAACUCGAUUGUAAUACCAAUAUUGUUGAUCCAUAGUUAGUGAUCUUUAACCGUUUGGUGUAUAAUGAUAUCAACAGACUACUUAUCCUCUAUUUAUUAUCUUUAAUUCAUUGUAUGAAGUUAUAUAAUAAUUAAGGACUCGACAGAUGCUUCUUAAAAUCAUUUUGUUUUCUGUCUGUAUGUGUCAUAACUCUUGAUAGAAAAGAUGAAACUUGAUGGAGACUUGAAACUUGGUACAUAGAGUCCAUUUGGACCAAGAAAAAAACACUAUGAUUUUGAAACGGAGAGCAGCAAAUGUCCAGAAAAAAGCUGCAGUCAAUUCGGUAAAGAUAUUUGUUUUGUUCUGUUGGGUCCUUCAAUAAGCCAUGUAUCUAUUUACAAUAAAGUAAAACAUUUAUAUACCUCUUAUUUUAUGCUAUUGUUCUUUUGCAAGUUUCAUUUGUCAUUUCUAAUCUAUAUGGCCUCUAAAGUUGUCUGUCUGUUGGAAUAUGUUUUUUUUUUUCAGUUGGUUAGCUAUGAAACCAAAUCUUUUUUGUGAUUGUAAUGUAAGCCAUAUCGCAAUUCAAAGGACUAAUUCUCUGCAUGAAAAGUGAAGAAUAAAUUGUUAAUUCCAUCACAAGAACACCUUUUAACGUAGUGUUCAAUGAAAUAAUAUAUACAUGUAUUUAUACAUAUUUUUACUAAUUGUUGUUUUAGAAAAGAGUAAUAAACAAAGUAAGUAACAACUGAAUAAUCUUACAUAAUAAGUUACAUUAAAUUUUUCUCAAGAAAGAAAUACCCUCUUCCUUCUAGAACUUUAUUUCUUGAUUAUAAAAAAGUAGUCCUGUGUACUGUUAAUGUUCUAUAUUAAGAGAUUAUUCCAAAGUUAAAAUGUCGAUAGUACAAAGUGACAGUAUGAUUUAAGAGAUUAUUUUAAAGUUUUGGUGCUUUUAUUAUAACAAUUAUUUUCAUUCACUGUAAUAAAACAUCACAUAUAAAAGAAAACUCCAUAAGGAUUGAACCUAGAUUGAAUUUACUUGGUUUAUUAAUUAAUAAUGCACCUUUCUUUCUCAAUUACAUCAUUUUAAUAAGGUUGGUUUCUGAAGUGUAUAAAACUAUUGCUUAUGUUGAAAUCGUAGUAUUAUGCAGUCUUUUGUUCUAAAAUAUAGUCCCACAAACUCUUUGUUAUAUUUAUUUUAGGUCAAAUCUACAUGCAUUGAAGUGUUACAUGUUAUAGAAGUAUGGUCAAACACAAUUAGUGUUACUAUGAUAAAAAUGUAAGCUUGAACAUUACGAAAACAAAAUAAAAACUACACUAGUUAUGAUGAAUGAUCGAACCUAUAGGCUCAACCACUGAGAGAAAGUUCACCACCAGUUCCAGGGUUAAAAGCCGACAUCGGUGUGUUUUUCAUUCAAGGUGUGAUUUGUUUGUAACAUACAGUAGAAUCAUAAGGUACUUUGAUCAACAACUGUAAACUGUAAGGUACACAGAAGGUGACUUGGUAUAGAUAAAUGAAUGACAAAAACAUUGCCUAAACAAUGAUUUACUAUUGUUCUGUUUCUGACAAUGUGAUCUGUCUUGCCAGCGUAGCUGGAACUUGUAAGAUGUAAUAUGACAAUAAAAGUUCAUUCAUUUAAUGCUUUAAAUAUGAAUGUUGGAUAAUUUCAUACUUUUUGUUGUUGUUUUAAUGUCAAUUAGAUAAAUUUUAAAUGUACUUUCUUAAUGCAUUACUAUUUCCAAUUCUUCUUACUUGGAUGUUUUGAAUUUUUAUGAUGAAAUGAAGAGAUGAUUCUUUUUAUUGAGAACCAGUUUGAUUGAAGUCCUGUACCAUUCUACUGUAUGCUUCCUUCUAUUGUCUAUUCACGUAUUGCACUUAGUCUAUAUAUUAUUGAAAUCACUUUGCUAUGAUAUGUAUUGUGUCUUUUCUUAUUAGGAUAUUUACUACCGUAUUUAAAUUAAAAAUUUUUUGUUUGGCACAAAUUAUACUGGAGUCUGCUUUGCACUUCAUCUUCUACACGCACUUGUCUUCCUAUCUUCUUCUAGUUCUUUCCCACAUUUCUGUCUUCACAACACAUCUCCUCGUCCCAUCUAUAAUUUGGUUUACUUCUUGGUCUUCUGUAAUAUAGCUCCUAUUUCAACAUCUUUCUUUACAUCCUAUCUCUCUCUAUUCAUCCUUUCAAUGAGGCAAAAUCUUUUGAUUUUAUCUCUGUCUGUUGUUCUUAAUAAUUCAAUCUACACUUGUUUUUCAUUCUAUACACUAUCUCUCUUCCUGUAUUAUUCUUCGUAUUUAUCUUACAUGCACUCCAUUUUCUGCAAUUUUUGCAACCCAUUUAUCCUCCAUAUAUCAAAAUCGGUAUAUAACAUAGGAGUUUCCUUUAUGGAUGUCAUGUAAUAAGGGCAUUAUUUUGAUUCAGCUCAAAUAAGCCACUAUGGCCUAGAUAGGAUUUCAAAAUUCAAGGUAUGAAUUGUAACUGAUAACCUGUAUUAUCCUUUAUUACUAUCUCAUAAAAAAUACUUUGUUUCAAAACUGUAUAAGUUAUGGAAACGUGAGUUAAACAUUAAAGCUUUGAGACUUUAAAAUUACACUCUAUUACAUUAAGUCAUUUAUUAAAUCUUGACUGUAAGAAAGGGUUAGAAUGAUUCCCUCCACAGCCCUUCAAGGUUUUUGUACAACCUCCUCAACAUAAUGCCAUUACUACAUUACACAAUUGAUUUCUAUAUUAUGAUGUAAACACGACAACCUGAAAUGUAUUUGAAAUUUAAAGACACAGAUAAUGUUUUGUAAUCCUCAUUCAAAAAUUAAAUAGGCUUGUAAGUAGAAGACAUUUUCAUAGAAUCUUGAAAAGGGAGAGAGAGAGAGAUGUUAGGGGUUUUCUAUAAAAACCACUAUUCUGCUUUAUUAACAGUGAACUUAACAAAUGUCCAGGAAAGUUAAAACAAUUUCAAAUAAAAAAAAUCAAACAACAAAAAGUUCUUGAGUUUUAAUAAUUAUAAAAAUAAUAAUAAUAAGUUAAUAUAAUUAUUAGUGUAUUUAUCAGCAAUUGAUGCUUCUUUUGCACCUUGGCAGAACAAUUUCCUCUUGCAGGGGAUCUGUGGAGCAGGUGUAACAAUUUUUUAAUAUUAAAAAUAAAAACUACUCUACUUUUAGAGUUUCUUUCUUUGUUAGAAGUUUGUGCAAUCAGUGAUUUGCAUUUUUAUUCUUCUUAUUCUUAGCUAAAUAAUAUUUUGGAUUGACAAUAAACUUGUUUUUGGAAUAUUUUAUAUCUCUGUAAUAGCAAAAACGCAAUACACUGCAAACCUAAUGUUUUCUAUAUUUAGUCUGGUUUUCAAACUCUGUAAGAUGAAGCAACUGUGUCAAUAAGGUACUUUGGUCUUCUAAAGUUUACCUGGAUUGCUCUGAGUUGUCAAUACUUCGAAUUUUAUUGUUCUUUAUACAGUUUUAUGUUUGUGAAUAUUCAUGUUUUGAGUUUACCUGUCCUGUGUAUAAACUUUGACUUUUAAAAAAAAUACGCUUUGCACCAAUAUGAGGAUUGUGUGGCAGACACUGUGUGACAAUAGCAGUUCUGUGUUGCCAUUGUAGAUAGCGCUACUGUGCUAGGAGUUGUAGUAUAUUUUAAUUUUGUAUCAAUCAUCAUUUAGAUGAAUGAAUUUAAAUAUCAGGUAUUCAGAGUUAACUCAUUAUACUGUGCUUAAUACUUUUCUGCACUACAUUUAUAGUUUAGGUUUCUCCUAUUUGCUGCUAGAUAGCGUGCAACCAAAAUGUUUCAAGUGGUAACGGAAUUUUGUACUGGAUGACAUAUCUUCUUAUCGGCUGUUUCAUAAUCAAAGGCAUAACUAUUACCUUGAAACUAAUACUAACUUGAAGAAUAGUACUCAUAUUUAAGAAUUACUUAAUUAUUGUAAUGAAGUAAAAACAAGUAAGAUUAUGUGUGAGAUACAAGAACUAGAUGCAGUGUUGAUGUUAAUAAUAUUGGACGAUAAAAAAUGUACUCCUCCUGCUGAUAUUUUAUAGUUGUAAACAGGAAAAUCUAAAUUAUAAAAUAUAUAUGUAGGUCAUAGAGAAUUCUACAUCAACUAAAUGUUAAAAAAUUAGCAAAUAGGUAAAAUAUGUUAACUCUAUCUCUCACUCCCUCUAUCUUUUAUUCUUUUUCCAUAUAUGUGUGUGUAUAUAUAUAUAUGGAUAUGUUCAUUUACUUAAAGCUUCGUGGGUUUUAUUUCUCCCAGCUUGUACCAAAUUAAUGUAAAUAUUAAUUGUUAUUUUGUCACCUCUUAGGCAGGUAAUUAUCUAUACCAAAUAUUCUGUUAUUUAGAAACAAGCUAUUUUAAAGGGACUAAAGCAAAACAAAAAAAUAGUGUAAUGAAAUAUAUUUGUUGUUGUGUUACUUGUGACAAAUAUUUUGUUUUUAAUGUUGGAACUUGCUGGACUGUUUACAGCUUGGUGGUGUUUAAAUAAGGAAAUGAAGGUGGUUGACGCUAACUAAACAACUCUGUGCACUACACAUUGUGUGGUAGUAAUAAUUUUGUAAACUGGAGUAAUCAUAUAAAUAUUUUUGAGAAUAAUAACUCAUUAACUACAAAAGUGUUGCUAUUUUUUAUGUAUUGGUAGGUGAUAUUGUUUCUAGUCAAAUUACAGUUUUGGUGCCAAUGUUAUAUUAUAAUUUUGUUAGUGGGGUAGCUUUAAACAAUUUUGUAGUCAGCAAAUUCCCCUUGUGCUUUAAGACUUUUUAGGAUUAGGAAACAGAUUGGAUGGUUUAGAAUCAAUGAUUAAAGUGACCUUCAUGUGUUUUUAAGACUCAAUUCGCAACACUGGUAUGCUCUGUUUUCUUUUUUUUAGUACAUUCUUUAUGCUUUGUCAAAGUUUGAACCAUUGACCCACUCCUUAGUAUUAUUUCUAUUUAAUGUUUUAUGUUGUUAGCUCGUUUAAAACUAAUUACCAUAUAGUUUCUCUGCUGUCAUACAUUCCAAGUUGUAUAUUCAUUUUGUUUUGAUAAAAUAAAAUAAUUAAUUUACUGGACAAGUUUUAUAAAAGUAAAACUUUUCAGUGGACAAAGUAUUUUCUAUUUUAGAAGUUAUUAGACCAAAUUUAAUAUUACUGAAUGUACAAUAAAUAACUGAAUGGUUUCAAGCUUUUUAGGAGACAAAUCUUGUAUAGUUUUAAAAAAGUGUGUUAAAAAGGUCACGCCUAAGAAGAACCAAGGAUCUCAUUUUCUUUGCAAAGUCAUUUUCAAGUAUAGAGAUAUUUUUACUAACCUAUAUUUGUUAUGCAAUUUUAUUGACUUUAUUUUAUAGUGUAAAAGCAGUUAAAUAUAGUUAUGAUUUCCAUAAUUGUAAAUUAUUAUUAAUACCGCUACAAUAUGAGAAUAUAAGUGUAUUAAAUGAAUUCGUCAAUAAAAUCCAAUGAAAUCAUAA